AUGUCACGCGUAAAUCGCCCACCAAUCUCUAUCUCCCGUAUUUUGCGCAAUGUGUCUAAACACCCCGACAAGACUGUUGUGGUCGUUGGCACCGUCACAGAUGAUAACAGGGUACUAGACGUUCCCAAAAUCUCUGUUGCCGCGCUUCGAGUCACAAAGACUGCUAAGGCUAGGAUUUUAAAGGCUGGUGGCGAGGUUAUCACCCUCGAUCAGUUGGCCUUACGUUCUCCUACCGGUUCUAACACUAUCUUGCUAAGAGGUCCUAAAAAUGCUCGAGAGGCAGUUAAACAUUUUGGCAUGGGACCCCACAAGCAUGCUAAGUAA